AUGCCACGGCGUUGCUGUGUUCCCAAUUGUAAGGGAAAUUAUGAUAGUACUUUAAAAGAUAGUAAUUAUAUAUCUAUGUUUUUCUUCCUCAAAGAUGAGGAAUUGCGGCAAAAAUAGAUGGCUGCUAUUCCUCGUAAAAAUUGGACACCAACAAAAUAUUCUGCCAUUUGCAGUCUGCAUUUUGCAGAAAGUGCUAUUCAAAGGUAUCAAGGUAUUCUAUCACCCAAUGGUGUACCGGAGAAUGUUUUGUUGAGAUGUCCAAGGCUUAUAGCGAAUGCAGUACAAUCCAUUUUCCCCAAUUUCCCUUCUUACUUUGUAAAACAUGUAUUACCACCAAGAAAAGAUCCUGUAGAGCAAGAUCAAGAAAUCGUUGAAAGAAAUGAAAAUUUAGUCAAAGAAUUUACUAAUUCAGAUUGUUUCUCGGAUUUAAUAAAUAAUUAUGAAGAAAAACUUGUACUUUCAAACUGUUGGACUAGUAAAAUAACAAAUUCAAAAAUUUAUUUUUGUAUGCUAACACACAGAUUGUGA